GGGGAGCACGUUAAGGUACAUUGCACUAAAAGGACAUUCAAUAUGGAAAAGGACUUUGAAAUUAGUGUCACCGUUGAAGACACCGAUCAACUUCUCUCGGGAGCAUGGCUCAAUAUAUCAAUAAUACAAGUUUUUGCUACGGCUUUGAGUGAGUUGUGUUUUCACGAUGAUUGUCACCCCAAUAGUAUUGGAUUCAUGUGCCCGGAGAUGAUCUCGGCCACCAUGUUAAAGUCCGAUGCAGAUCGAAUUCUAUUGUACAUGACGAGGUCCAUGAGUGCACUUAGUUCUAAGACAUUCAUCUUAUGUCCAUACUACGAAAAGAGUCACUGGAUGCUUUUAGUUCUUUGCUUGUCUAAACGUGAGGUCUACAUAUUUGAUUCUCAACAGAAGAAGAGAAAUUUGAUGAUUAAGGAGCCACUAAACAAUGCUUUUCGGAGUUACAAGAGACUAGGUGGACAAUCUAAGGGAACUAAAUUAACAUGGAUUCCAGCACAGUGUGCUCAACAACCGGGAUCACUAGAUUGUGGCUACUACGUCAUGCGUUUUAUGUACGACAUAAUAAUGAAUCAUGGUAAUAGUCAAGAUCUUACUAAGGAUUUUUCAAGAACAUUGCCUUAUUCAGCGGAGGAGAUUAAUGAGGUGAAAGAUUUUUGGGCAGAUUACUUCAUGAACAAUGUCGAAUUUUUAGCUUAAUUUGUAAUAUGAACUUGAUCUCUAGCUAGCUACGUACCUUUGUUGUAAUAAUUUUAUGUUUGUUGUAACAUGUUGGUUGAUCGAUCUA